AGAAAUCAAUCGCAAUCUAGUGGACUAUAGUUUUCUUUUCGCCACCAUUUGUUUUCAUUCUUUGGUCAUGUUUUCGUGUGUAAAGUAAUAAUAUUCGCGGGAAACGAUAAAGAAAAAACUCUUCUGCAAAUAAAAUGAAGCUAAUAUUUAAACUGUCGAUUCUUGUAAUUCUAACGGGACUGCUUAAAUGUGAAAAUCUAGAUUUAAAUCUCGCUCCACCAAAAUGCCCCUAUAGAGAUACGGUUGAUUUGAGUGAUGUGACACCUUUUGAAAAUGGUUCCUAUUUAUAUGAAAAUGUCUUAAUACCCAGUGCAGAGGUAUACGAAUAUAAUUAUCGUUUAGCAUUUCGAAAUAUCGAAGAAGAAGCCGAAACGCAUUUGCGUGGCUGUGUGUGUGGCAAACCGAAGAAGUGCAUAAAAUUAUGUUGUAAACAUGGUGAUUAUUUCAAUGAAUUAACUGGGGAAUGUGAAUCGAUUCCCGAAGAUAUGAAUAUACCAAUUUAUUUGAAUGUAACAUCGGCGGAGGAUGAAGUGAACCUUGUCAAUUUGUAUCGGGAAUUUGUUCCGUUGGUCGGUAAACCAUGUUGGAAUUUGGAGAGUCUAACAUUGGACACGGAUAUGUGGACUUUAAAUGAGGAUGGUACUCUCUAUGUGCACAACGAUGACGCCCUAUUGGACACCGUCAGCUACUGUCUGUCACCCUAUCGUUACAAUGGAUCAAAUGAAUAUGUUCUAGUGGCCCUGAGUUGCCCCAUCAAAAAUGAGGAAUCAUUUGCAGUCACUUUCAACACUUACGCCAUGGCAAUAUCCGUGAUAUUUUUAGCACCAACUGUGCUCAUCUAUAUAUUUGUACCGGAAUUGAGAGGCAACUUGAGAGGCAAACUACUUAUCUGCUAUUUAAUCUCGCUGAUUGGUGGUUAUUCCAUAAUUAGCUUAAUAAAUAUCUCGGAAUAUGUCUUCGAAGAUAUACCAUGCAAUAUUCUUGGUUUUACAUGCUACUUCUCCUUUAUGUCGGCAUUCCUGUGGCUAAGUGUUCUAUGCUUCGAUAUCUGGCUUAAUUUCAAGGAUCACAGCGUGGACUUUUCAAGACAACGACAUAAGUUGCGUUUCCUUUUUUAUUCGUUGUAUGUUUGGGGUACAGCCACUUUGCUCAUGGGCCUAACAAUGUGGGCGCAGUGGUCUGAUUUGGUCCCAAAGAUUUACAAACCAGGAAUUGGGGAUGAUAUCUGUUGGUUGGAUACCAACAAGUGGUCGACCGCCCUGUAUUUCUAUGGACCGAAUUUAUUGAUAAUUCUCUUCAAUGUUGGCACCUUUACCAUCUUAUCGUUGCGUAUCUAUCGCAUUCGCAGUGAUGUGGCCAAGUUGACACAAAAACAAAUGUUCUUCAAAGAAAAGUAUCUGCUCUCAAUCAAUUUCAGUGGCGUCGUAAUUCUACGCCUAUUCAUUGUAAUGGGCAUCAGCUGGAUAAUGGACAUCAUUUCGUUUUGCCUCCGUGAUUAUAAGAUGGCCGAUUAUCUAUUUUUCAUAACGGAUUUUUGCAAUGCCAUUCAGGGAGUUUUGAUUUUCAUUCUGUUCGUCUUGAAACGCAACGUGAUAGCGGCCAUACGCAAGAGUGUCAGGCAAAAAUACCACAGAAAGCCCAGGCCGAGUGUUACCUCAAUAUCGACACAUUUCUCAAAACUUUCAUCUAGUCAUUCGACAAAUGCCUAAAUGGAACCCGAUAUACUCUGAAAAAUGAAGUAUGAUUUAUAGGGUUUCAUAGCUGUACUUAAUAUAUCACUUAUUAUCGAUGUAUUAGAAUUUUAUUGAAAAAAUAUGUUAACACAAUUUUAAGGAAAUAAUAGCUUAUUUUAAAUAUUUGUAGUGCAAAAUAAAGACAUAUAUGAAUAAUACCUAAAA